UGGAGUAAUGUAUAAUGCUCUACGCGUUUUGUGUCUUGCUUGCAUGUGUUUAUAUAUUUUAUACGUGGAUGUUUGUUCAUAUGGAUGUUCAUGGAUGUUGAGACACAUGUGUAAGUUUCCCUUUUUUUUGUGUAUGGCCUACCGUUUACUUUUAAGUGCAUUGUUGUGGGUUUAUACAAGGGUAUGUGUUCCUAUGGGUUAGCUGACCUGUGUUUAUAAUUCUUCUCUUUACAAUACGUUUGGUGCUGGAGUGUGUGUUCUUAUGAUUUGCUAACAUAGGCCUGUACAAUAUGUGUUUAUAGAUUUUCUCUUAUAAUACAUUUGGUGCUGGAGUGUGUCUUAAUGAUCUUGGAUGACGUGGGCCUGUACAAUAUGUGUUUACGCAUCUUCUCUUUAUAAUACAUUUGGUACUGGAGUGUGUGUUCUUAUGAUUUAACUCUUUACAAGGUAUAGGCAUAUUUAGUGCGCGUUUUUAUGAUUUAAUGCACUUGAUGUUGGGGGAGGCUGCUCGUGUAUUGUUCACAGAACGAUGUGCGUGGACAGAUCGGGCUUGCUGACUGCGAAGUGCGGGUGGACUUUUGAGCGGACGGACUUGUAUUUCGUAAGGAAGCAAAAACGCUUCCUUACAAUGCGUUUAGUCAGAUGAGGGCGUCACAGAAGAUUCUUGGUCAAUGGUACGAGGUAGAACAUUCAUUCUAUCUACCCGAAAUUGCUUCGGGCUGCACCACUUUGGAAUUUCAGCCUUUAAACCGACAAGAAUUAUCCAGUUUUAAUAAUUUUAAGUUAGAAGUGGCCAUAAAAACAAUUAAUAGAUUAACUGGAAAUCCGUCAGUAAAUCUGGGCUACGCUACACCAGAGAAUUUCAAAUCUUCCAUAAUGGAUUUUAAGUUUCACACUCGUUUUCCUGAAGUUAUAGCCCGUCUUUUGCCUGGCUCUGGCAAAUAUCAAAUCUUAUAUACGGAUUAUGAUAAUUUUGCAAUUUUAUGGUCUUGCGGUAGUUUGGGCUCUCUAGGUUACGUCGAUCAGAUUUGGAUUUUUGGUCGAGAACGUGAUUUUCCUUUCGAAAUACGUUCUAAAAUUUAUGAUGCCCUCAAGCAACUAGGAUUAGGACCAGAUCGUUUAGUAUUAACCAAGAAUAAGGAUUGUCCAAAAAAGUUAUAAUGUCCCUACUCCGAUGUUUUCGUUUAAAUAUAAAAAACCUAUCUACCAUUUUUGUCACACGUACACACCUUUGAAAAUAUAUAUAUAAAAUCUGCGCAGCAAUUUGAGACUCUGGUUUAUAAAGUCAAUAUUGCUUGCAUGAAGACCGUCUAGCAAAAUAAAUCGUGUAUAUAAGAAUUUAAUAUUUAAGAUUCUGUGAUAUAUGGAAACUUUUUCUUUUAAUUGGCAAAAACAUAUAAAUUAUAUUUUAUUGAAAAUAUUUAAAGUUUAAGAAGAUAUUUAAAAGCUGCUGAAGAUUACAAACUCCUCUCAUACACUGUAAAGGUUAAAGAAUAUGCGUUCAAAUUUUCGUACAUUUAUCUGCUAUAGUUUAGGAAGAAAGAACAAAAAAUCUAUUUUCCAUUCCGUUUGAAAGACAGAGAGGUUCUCGGUUUACGUGUCGCUGUGGGCGUGUUCUUCGACCGAUCCGGUCCAUUUUCAGUACUAAGCUGUGUGCAAGAAUUUCCUAUUUUUUGUCAAAUUUGAAAGCGAUAGCUUCAUUUUGGCAAAUGAAUGGACAAAAUUGGAACGUAUAUUCUAUACGUGAUGCCUUAGCAUUUGUGCAUAAAAAUUAAAAAAAUUGACCAGGCCUACUCAAUAUUAUAGUGUAUCAAAAGUGAAUUAUGUU